UUGGCGUUUAGUUUCGCCUUGGGUUUAGUUUUAGUAAGUUUGCUGUCUGAAUGUGUUGCGGUUCGGUUCAUUUUGUGGCAAAUUUGUUUCGGCAAGCAAAAUGCGGCACGUGUCGGAGAUUUGAUGUUAUGUGAAUAAAGCAACAGUGCAGACCUGCAGCGGUACUACAGCAAACAAUGAUGGAGGACAGAAGGUUAGAAACGUCAGAGGAGAAAAAGUGUAAAGAUCCUCCUCAGCUGUUUACCUACUAUCAAGGCGACAUUAACACUGCUGUGGAUGAACACUUCUUCCGUGCCCUAAACAAGGCCACCAUACCAAAAGACCUGAGCACUAAAGCCAAAGACAACAACAGGACUUACAAAUCUGAUGCCCCCCAAUCUUCGUGGUCUUACCCUUACAACCCGAAGCUGUCCCAGCUGACAUCCAUAGACAAUGUACCUCAGUCCCAGGGGGUAAUUAUGAAUCCCCCAGGAUUAUCAUCGUCAUCGUCUUCAUCGUGGCUUUCCAGACAGAGCGCAGGUUUUGAAGUUCCUCACAUACUCUACCCACAGCCUCCAGCUUCUGAGAGCAGCUCCAACUCUUACCUUAAUCUCUUACAAAUGGAUCGGCCAGCCGGGGGCAUCAUGAUCUCACCCUUUUCCAAAUCAGAUACUAGGCCAGAUUGGAGUGCCGGCACAGCCUAUAAAGACGUACCUGGAAGCAGGAUCGGCCUAGAUUCAGGUGUGCCCGUCACAGAAGUCAGUAAAGAUUUGUACUGGUAUUGAAGAAGUGAUUUCUGGCUCACAACAAGAAGAAAUGCCAUUGUUCAGCAUAAGACUGUCUUAUAUAUUAUGUAAGAGUGCUGUGCUUUGGACAUCUGACAGAGUGACUCAAACAAUAACAUUCAUGGUGUCAAAUUCCUUAGAGAUUAAUGGUAGUUAUUUGCGUCUUAUUGUUAUUGAGCCAUAAGUGACUCAGUAUAAGCUAGCUUUAAACUUAUAAGAGAUCUGAAAUGGUUCACUUCUCGGGUGAAUGGGAAAUCUAUUUAUAUCAGGAUGUGCUAUACCAAAAACAGUGACUUUAUAUUUGAAGAUAAAAAUUGUUGUAUAUAAUAUUCUGUGUUUUGAAAUAAAACAUUAUUACUGUACACUUUUUAAUUUCUAUGUGUAAGAAAAAUUUAAAACCUAAAUUACAAGCAUGUCUUCAGAGCACAAAACACAGAAGUUCAAACGUAGUUUGAACACCAUAAAUUAUGAUUUUUUUCAUUGAUAACUAUUAAUAUAAAGGCAGCUAUUUACACUAAGUAAAAAUAUAGAGAUAUUUUAUUUACUCUAAAUGACAAUAUCAGCAUUUUCUGAGCUAUAUGCUUUUUAUCAAACUAUCAAAUUAUAAAAUGAUUAAACUUAAAUAAAAAUAGUGUAAAUUAGAGUUGCGCCGAUAUUAAUUUUUUUUCACCAAUAGCUGAUUAUUCAGACUGAUAUUGUCCGAUACUGAUGACGAUAGUUUGGUGGAUAUAUUAACUUGCAUUCAUUCAUGACAAAUAAUAUUCUAAACUAGUGAUGUUUUUUUUAUUGCAUUUCCUGUUCUUUCCUGCAUUUCCUGUUCUCUUUUGAUUGACAGGAUAUAUUGGCCAUGUUUUUGGACUGUUUUUAAACUAUUGGUCGAUAGUGUGAAAAAUAGCUUUUAUCGACCGAUAACGAUUAUUGGCUAGUAUU